AUGCCUCCCCCACCCCGCCGUAGCACUCCAUCAGCUCCUUUAGCCCCUCCGCCGAAGGGUCCUGUCAUCAAGCGCGACAACGGUGGAUGGAACGACGUGCCUGCUCACGUUACCGCGCGCCGUACGCCUGCGAACGCGAAUACAAACGCCAGUAAGCCUUCGGCAAUCAUAUCCCCCUUCCCUAAUGCGCCAUCGCAGGGCAUUAUGCCCCCCACCCCAACACAUGGACAGCCACCGACAGCAUUGCCGCCACCGCCACGCCCAGGCAGCGUGCAGCAGAGACCGCCGCCGCCACCACAAGGCCAGCGUAUGCCUCCCCCUCCUCAACAAGCACCUGGACCAUACCCUCCGCAUGGUGCUCCGUCGCAGGGACCCCCACAGGGCACGGCUCCCCCGCCGUCGCACAUGAUGUCGCCAUCGCAGGGCCUUGGGCUCAGUCGAGGCCCGUCAUCGCAGGGGCAAUUUACCAUGCCUCCGCCUCGCGGCCACGUGUCCCACCAGACGCCCCCUGCGGCUCCAACACAUCUUCCGCCUGGGCCGCCGCCGAUGCGUGGCACGCCUUCACCCGCGCUCACACGCGGAACGCCGCCACCGCAGCAGCCGGGUGUGUAUACGCCUCCACCCCCUCAGCAAGGCGGGUAUGCUCCGCCGCCCCCGCAGGGAGGCUUUGCGCUACCGCCGCAACAGGGUUCGUUCGCGCCUCCGCCUCCUGGUGGCGCCGCGAGGCUCGGUAUGCCACCUGCUGGUGCUCCCUCGAUGGCGCCUCCUCCUGGGUCCGGACAACUCGCCCCUUCCGCGCCGCCGAAGGCGAAGCCGGGCCCACCGCAGCCGAGAUAUCCUCCCGGCGAUAGGAGCCACAUCCCAGAUCACCUGAGGCCGAUCUUCAACAUCAUCUCCCAACAGCUCGAGAUCGUCAAACAAACGACUCCACCUCAGCAAAAGCGUCUCGCUGAUGACCUCGAACGUCGCAUUAACCCGCUGUUCGACGCUCUCAAUUGCGAAAUGCUGUCGAAACCGGUCUGCGAUCAGCUCUUAGAGCUAACACGCGCUAUGGAAGCUCGAGAUCGCGAGUCCGCACUUGCGAUCCACAUCGACCUCCUCAGGACUGGUUCUAUGACAGAUGAUAUUGGUUUGUGGAUGGCUGGUGUGAAGCAGCUUAUCAUGCAACUGUACGACCCUCGACAAGCGUUCGAAACGGCCCUCUAG